AUGGGGCCCAGGGCCGUCCCGUGGAUGAUGCUCUGGCUCUUCUGCCUCCUGCCCUCCACCAGGGCUCAGAUGAAGAUCCCACUGGAGACGGUGAAGUCUUGGGCAGAUGCCUUUGGUGGGGAGCUGUACUCCAUUGUGACUAAGUAUUCAGGCUCUCUCCUGUUGCAGAAGAAGUACAAAGAUGUGGAGCCAACUCUGAAGAUCAAAGAGGUGGAUGGCUUGGAGCUGGUGAAGAAGUUCUCGGAGCAGAUGGAAAGCAUGCUCCGCAGGAAGGUUGAAGCCGUUGAGAGGUUGGUGGAAGCAGCAGAAGACGCAGAUCUGAACCAUGAGUACAACUCCUCAUUGGAGUUUGAUUACUACAACUCUCUCCUGAUUAAUGAGAAGGAUGAAAAUGACAAUUAUGUGGAGCUUGGAGAUGAAUUCAUUUUGGAGCCAAAUGAGCAUUUCAAUAACCUGCUGGUGAACACAACAUACAGUGAUAUCCAGCUCCCCACCAAUGUCUACAACAAAGACCCUGACAUCCUGAACGGCGUUUACAUGUCAGAAGCCUUGAAUCCUAUUUUUGUGGAUAACUUUGAAAGGGAUCCCACACUGACCUGGCAGUACUUUGGCAGCUCCACUGGAUUCUUCAGGCUCUACCCAGGAAUAAAGUGGUUACCAGAUGAGAAUGGAGUCAUCUCCUUCGACUGCAGGAAUCGUGGCUGGUACAUCCAAGCAGCCACCUCUCCCAAGGACAUUGUCAUCAUUGUGGAUGUCAGUGGGAGCAUGAAGGGCCUGCGGAUGACCAUUGCCAAACACACCAUCAUCACCAUUUUAGAUACCCUGGGAGAAAAUGACUUUGUAAACAUCAUUGCAUACAAUGAUUAUGUUCAUUUUAUCGAACCCUGUUUUAAGGGUAUCCUGGUCCAAGCAGACAGAGAUAACAGAGAGCACUUCAAGCAGCUGGUGGAUGAACUGCAGGCAAAAGGAGUGGGGACUGUGAACAAGGCUUUGACAGAGUCCUUCAAAAUCCUGAGAGAGUUUAGAGAUGCCGGUCAAGGAGGCUUGUGUAACCAAGCUAUCAUGCUGAUCACAGAUGGAGCAGUGGAGGAUUAUGAAGCUGUGUUUGAAAAAUACAACUGGCCAGAUCGGAAGGUCCGGGUUUUCACUUACCUCAUUGGACGGGAGGUCACUUUUGCCCCCAACGUGAAAUGGAUCGCCUGCAACAACAAAGGCUACUACACUCAGAUCUCCACACUGGCGGACGUCCAGGAGAACGUGAUGGAGUACCUGCAUGUGCUCAGCCGCCCCAUGGUCAUCAACCACGACCACGACAUUAUUUGGACUGAAGCCUACAUGGACAGUGCGCUCUUUGCAUCUCAGGCUCAAAGUCUGUUGCUCAUGACAACAGUGGCUAUGCCAGUCUUCAGCAAAAAGAACGAGACGCGAUCUCAUGGCAUUCUCCUGGGUGUGGUGGGCUCUGAUGUACCACUGAGGGAGUUGUUAAAACUUGCUCCACGGUAUAAGUUGGGUGUCCAUGGAUAUGCCUUUCUGAACACCAACAACGGCUACAUCCUUUCACACCCAGACCUCCGUCCUUUGUAUAAAGAAGGAAAGAAACUGAAGCCUAAGCCAAACUACAACAGUGUAGAUCUCUCAGAAGUGGAAUGGGAAGACCAGGAUGAAAUACUGAGAACUGCCAUGAUCAAUGGGGAAACGGGCUACCUCUCUAUGGAUGUGAAGGUCCCUGUGGAUAAAGGGAAACGAGUUCUCUUCCUCACCAAUGAUUAUUUCUUCACGGACAUCAGUGGCACACCCUUCAGCCUGGGUGUGGUGCUGUCCAGGGGACAUGGGGAGUACAUUCUGCUGGGGAACACUUCAGUGGAAGAAGGUUUGCACGACCUGCUCCAGCCAGACUUGUCUUUAGCAAAUGAAUGGAUUUACUGCAUCACCGACAUCGAUCCAGACCACCGGAAGCUAACCCAGCUGGAGGCUGUGAUCCGUUUCCUCACCGGAGAGGAACCUGACCUGGAAUGUGAUGAGGAGUUGGUCCAGGAAGUGCUGUUUGAUGCAGUGGUCACUGCACCCAUGGAGGCCUACUGGACAACACUAGCCCUCAAUAUGUCCAUGGAGACUGAGGCAGGUGUUGAGAUGGCGUUUCUGGGCACUCGGGCUGGACUCAUGAGGAGUGCCCUAUACGUGGGCUCUGAGAAAAUUUCCAACAGGAAAUUCCUGACACGGAAGGACAAGGAGAGUAUCUUCACCAUGGACCACUUCCCUCUGUGGUACCGCCGGGCGGCCGAGCAUCCCCCCGGGAGCUUCAUCUACAGCAUUGCAUGGCAGGAGGGACCAGAGGGAGGUGGCCUACCAAAAGUGGUGACAGUGAGCACGGCUGUGGCUGUGGCUGUGGAUGGGAAGAUGGGUAUUGCUGCAGCGGUGGGUGUGCAAAUUAAGCUGGAGUUGCUCCAACGCAAGUUUUGGAUGGCCAUGCAACAGUGCAGUGCCUUGGACGGUCCCUGUCCACUAAGCUGUCAGGAUGAUAUUCUGAAUUGCUUCCUCAUUGAUAAUAACGGCUUUAUACUUGUUUCCAAAAGACCUGCAGAGACUGGAAAAUUUUUUGGUGCAGUGGAUGGCUCAGUAAUGACCCAGCUGCUAAACAUGGGCAUGUUCAGGCGGGUGACCAUGUAUGAUUAUCAAGCGAUGUGCAAAGUACCCCACCACCACCACAGCGGUGCCCGGCCUCUGCUCAGCCCAAUUUAUGCCUUUCUAGCUGCAGUGAAAUGGCUGAUAAGUGAUUUCCUCAUCUUCCUUUUGGAGUUUAACAUGAGUAGCUUCUGGCACUCAGACAACUUGGCAGAUGCCAAGGCUGUCUUCCAUCACUCUCACAAGCACAAGAAGCACGACACCUUGCAGCCCUGCGACACCGAGUACCCCGUUUUUGUGUACGAGCCGGCCAUCAAGGAGACCAAUGGGCUGAUCGAGUGCGGAGAUUGCCAAAAGAUGUUCGUGGCGCAGCAGAUCGCCAGCAGUAACCUCCUGCUCCUCGUCACAGAUGCCACAUGCGACUGCAGCAUCUUCCCACCUGUCCUGCUGGAUGCGAAAGAGGUCAAAUAUAAUGCUUCAGUGAAGUGUGAACGGAUGCGGUCCCAGAAGCUGAGGCGGCGGCCGGACACGUGCCAUGCAUUUCACCCCGAGGAAAAUGCCCAAGACUGCGGUGGCGCUGCUGAGGUCUCCAUCUCGCCGAUGCUGCUCCUCCUGCCCCUGGCGCUGCUCCUGCGGUGA